CGUGACAAGCAUCAUGAUAUAACAAGCAUCACCUGGUUACCACGCUAAGAUAGCACAAGAGAUUGAAAAAAUGGCAAUUACACAAGAAACACUACCUAGUGUGCUUGAUGGCGCGCUGCGGGCUGGCACAAGGCCCUCCGUGCGUAAGGAAGCCUACCUGCGUCCGGCGACAGUGCAAUGCCACGCAUCCAACCUGCUGCGUCUACCAAAUGGCGAGCUGCUAUGCACCUGGUUCGGCGGGAACAUGGAGGGAAAACCCGAUAUCAGUAUCUACCUGUCCCGUCUCCCAGCCGGGGGACAGACCUGGGGAGAAGCUCUCAAAGUCACACACGACGACACACGCAGUGAACAGAACCCUGUUCUAUUCCGACAUCCAUCCGGCGAGCUCUGGCUACUCUAUACCUCCCAGCAAGGUGGGAAUCAAGACUCCGCUAUCGUGAAACGCGUUGUCUCGUCCGACAAUGGUACAAGCUGGAGCGGCCCAACAGUCCUCUUCAACGACCCGGGCACCUUCAUCCGCCAGCCCAUUAUCAUACUAGAUAACGGCGCAUUCGUGGUCCCUACAUUCAAAUGCCGCGGCGAGCCUGGUGCAAAAUGGAUCGGGAACGACGAUAUCUCUGCAAUUCGCACCUCUGCAGAUCAAGGCAAGACAUGGACCGAGAUUGCAGUCCCGCAGAGUACAGGCUGCGUGCAUAUGGAGAUCCAGCGUCUUAAGAACGGGUCCUAUCUUGCCCUCUACCGCAGUCGGUGGGCGGAUUACAUCCACCUCUCAACUUCGCCGGAUGGAUUGAACUGGAGUGCACCGCAGCCGACGUCUCUUCCGAAUCCGAAUGCCGGUAUCUGCUUCGAUGUCUUGUCCUCUGGCAGGGUGGUUGCGGUGUAUAACCACUCAUCGCGCAAGAAUGCCGAGUCCCGCAGAGAGGGACUAUAUGAUGAAAUCACAGAGGAAGGCGAAGAUACUCGUCCGAACCAGAAACAUCGGGCUGAUGGGAAGGAAGCUUUCUGGGGCGCUCCGCGGGCGCCGCUGUGUGUCGCGUGGAGUGACGAUGAUGGGAAGUCGUGGCAACAUCGGACACUGGAAGAGGGAGAUGGAUUCUGCUUGACGAACAACAGCGAGGAGAAGCGAAAUCGCGAGCUGUCGUAUCCCAGUAUGGUUGUGGAGGAUGGCACGAUCCAUAUUGCGUUUACCUUCUGGCGUCAAACGAUCAAGUAUGUGCAGAUUGGAGAGGACUUUUUGGCAUAGAAUAGAAUAAUAUAGAAGCAUAUCCAUUAGAAGAAACAGUCUAUGAAGUGAA